AUGAGCGAACUCACGCCGGCCGAGCUCGAAGCCAUCAUCGUCAUCGAGCGGGCAUGUUCAAUUCUCUCUCUCCUGGGCUCCAUAUUCACCAUCUUCACAUUUUGCGCCUCCAGCGCCUUCCACAAGCCCAUCAACCGGCUCGUAUUCUAUGCAUCGUUUGGAAACAUGAUGACCAAUGUCGGCACCUUGAUGUCUCGCUCCUAUCUCAUGCAAGUUGACUCAUUUGGCUGUCAGUUCCAAGCUUUUUUGAUACAACUGUUCAUGCCUGCCGAUGCGUUCUGGACAUUGGCCAUGGCCAUUAAUGUUUACCUUACAUUUUAUUACAAGUUUGAUGCCGAGCGCCUGCGCAAGAUGGAGCUGUGGUAUCUGAUCAGCUGCUACGGCAUUCCAUUCAUCCCUGCUUUUGUAUACAUAUUCGCCAGGAAGCAGGAUGGUCGUCGCAUCUACGGAAAUGCGAGACUGUGGUGCUGGGUCUCUGCCGAGCACGAUGUUCUCCGCAUCGCCACUUUCUAUGGGCCGGUCUGGGCUAUAAUCCUCGUCACCUUCUUCAUCUACAUCCGAGCUGGCCGCACCAUCUACAACAAGCGCCAACAGCUCCAUGAUUUCCACUCAUCCGAUGCUGAUCCAUUGUCUACCAAUGGGGAAGCUAUCGUCACCCUCAAGAGAACUGAGGUGACUGUCAUUAGUGAAACUGCUCCCGAAGUUAGCCUCCACCUCGAACCGAUGGACAGGCAUGACUUUUUCUCCGAGAACGGAACUGAAACAAACGAGGCGUAUUCUGUGCAGAUCUCAGCAGAUAACAACGGGUUCGCCCGUGACCAAUUCAUUCUCCCCACCCAGGGCCACACGAUCCAGCAGCCGAUGACCAUGCAGGCGGCGCCUCGCCGGCCUAGUCUUGCGCGUCGACGAAAUCACGAACUGAACAACGCAGCCUGGGCCUACACCAAAUGCGCGAUUCUGUUUUUCACGGCCAUUCUUAUCACCUGGAUACCGUCGAGCGCGAAUCGAGUCUAUUCAGUUAUUCACUACAAGAAAACAUUUAUCCCACUCGAGUUUAUGAGUGCCUUCGUGCUACCAUUGCAGGGUUUCUGGAACGCAACCAUAUACGCACUCACAUCUUGGGACGCGUGCAAAACCCUAUUCAGUCGUUUGAGCCUGAAGAAUCAGCCAAGUGCAACAGAAAUUACAGGAGUUGGGAGGGGGAGAGAAGCAUCUAUCGACGAAUACCAACGCAGCGGCUGGAAUCCGUCUUCAACCAGGGGGCCUGGAGCGUUUGAAUCAGAGAGUGUGAAGGCCCUGGCCAAGGGUCGAACGAGCUCUUCUGGGCGAAGCUGUUGA